AGUCCUUCACAGGAUAAUCCAGGAGGUGUAGAAUAUGACCUUACUUCAAGGUCACUUUCACACCUGGAGUUCAGUUCAAGUCUGCUUAAUGUGCUUUGUAUUAUAUUAUUAUAUUAUUGCUAACCAGGACGCAAACGUGAAGUCAUCAACUCGAAAUGCCAAAAUACAUAGAAUGUAGGACUCAAUCACAAUACAACGCUGGUUCACCCGUUUCACUUCCUGAUGUAUUAGGAAAAAUCCUGCAUAUUUAAUGAUGAUGUGUGUAAGUGUAGCUGAUAAAAUAGGGAAGAUGAGGAAUUGGUGCCUUUCAGCUCUUAUCUUGAUGAUACAAAUUUUGACCAUGGCUUGGAAGUGUGUCUCGCUUGCCUUGGGAGACAUCCUGCCAUUGUGUCAGUAUUCUGUUACAGUCUGAAAAGUUGCCAGUUAAGAUUGGAUUUUAUUAGCCUAGGUUUUUAUUUAAGUGCCUGUGGUCUGUCAUUAGGAGGAUGAAAUACUCAACUUUAUUUGAGUUGUUUGCUGUAAGAACAUUCGGAUAAAGUACGAUAUUUUAUUGAUCUAUGGGUGGAAAGGGGGUGUACAAAUCUGCCAAAUAUAUAGAUUUCCUUGACAUUUCCCUUGCUUAACAGAUUGGUGCUGCAGAGGGAGGUGUUUUCUGAGAUCGUGGUUUCUGCUUUUCUAAGAGUCAAUUACAUGCUGAUGAGGUGUGUUUUCUCCCUUCACAGUGCCAAACACAGUGAGGCUGCUAGGUGCUUAGAUCAUGUCGCUUUGGCUCCCUCACUUAAUGGGGCAUUGACUCUCUCAUGAAAUAAAUUUUGGCAAAUUAUUUCCCUCAAAUAUUUACACAUUUUCAUCGAGCCAGGAACAGAUCCUCAUACACAAAGAAGAAGCACACUGCACUGUUGGUUACUGUCAGUAACUCUAAGCGUAAGGAAAAGGAAGUUGGAAACUAUGUCUGAGCCAGAGGAAACGAAAAGCCUAAGUGUAAGCAGUACUUUAGUAACACUUCCUGUAUUUUAGGAUUUGGGAAUUAAAGACAUUUUUGUUCAAUUACAUUGACUUUGAGAGACACACUGCUGGCUGAGCCGAUUUCACUGCUCUCAUCCGUGUUUUUCUUCUUCACUGUCCCCUCACCGUCUGGCACUGACAAGCUGAACCCACUCAAGAUGUUUUGUUUUGACGUGUAUGCAGAAGCAAGGCCUGAGUUGUUCUCUGGGACCAGAAUCCACAGUUCAGAUCGAACCAUGGACCUCGGUCUAGCUGAGGACCACUUCUCAAGGCCUAUGGGUUCGUUUGUGGCGUCCGACAUUGAACAGCUGAAGCUGGCCAUAGAGGAGUGUAAGAAGCUGAUCUUGGAGCUGCCAGAACACUCGGAGAGACAGAAGGACACUGUGGUGAAACUUAUCCACCUUCGUCUCAAACUGCAGGAGCUUAAGGACCCUGAAGAGGAUGAGCCUAAUCUGAGAAUCCUACUGGAGCACCGCUUUUCCAAGGAAAAGAGCAAAAGUGUGAAACAGACCUGUGACAAGUGUAGCACUAUCAUCUGGGGCCUUAUCCAGACUUGGUAUACCUGUACAGGUUGCUAUUAUCGUUGCCAUAGUAAGUGUAUGAACAUGAUCACCAAGCCCUGUGUCAGGUCAAAGGUCAGCCACCAGUCAGAAUAUGAGCUCAGCAUCUGCCCGGAGAUAGGACUAGACCGGCAAGACUACCGCUGUGCAGAAUGUCGCACUCCUAUUUCACUGAGGGGUGUGCCAAGUGAAGCCAGGCAGUGUGACUACACAGGCCAGUAUUACUGUAGCACAUGCCACUGGAAUGACACAGCCAUCGUCCCAGCUCGUGUCAUCCACAACUGGGAGUUUGAACCACGCAAGGUUUGCCGCUCCUCCAUGCGCUACCUGGCCCUGAUGAUGUCACGACCUGUGCUGAAGCUCAAAGAAAUCAACCCGCUGCUAUUCAACUUUGUGGAGGAGCUGGUCGAGAUCAGGAAACUCCGUCAAGAUAUUCUGUUGAUGAAACCAUAUUUUAUUACCUGUAAAGAGGCCAUGGAGGCUCGGCUAUUACUACAGCUACAAGAUCGGCAGCACUUUGUGGAGAACGAUGACAUGUACUCACUACAGGAUUUGAUUGACAUCUCCAGUGGCAGACUCAGCUGCUCCCUCACAGAGAUCCACACCACAUUUGCUAAGCACAUCAAACUAGACUGUGAGCGUUGUCAGGCCAAAGGAUUUGUGUGUGAGCUGUGUAAGGAAGGAGACAUCCUUUUCCCUUUUGACAGUCACACCUCAGUCUGCCACGAGUGCUCUGCCGUCUUCCACAGAGAUUGUUACUAUGACAACUCCACAACAUGUCCACGGUGUGCCCGGAUGACUGAGCGCAAGCAGGACGAUGAUGUGAAAGAUGCGUAACUGUGGAGAGGACCACCUGAUGUUACUGGAUGUUGCACUUUGCCUAAUGUGGCGCUCUGCUCGAUCAAAAGUCCGAUAGAAGACUUGCUUUUCAUCUUUGUCCGUGUUUUGUUUUGUGCAUAUGUUUAUACUGGAGUGUCUUUAUCUUCCUGUGCACUACAUAAUGAGCAGGGUGCUUUGAAAAAAAACAUCUGGAAAUGUAUAUAUGUAUACACACACACACACACAGAGACACACAACCUUUUUAAUCCAUAAUCAAGUUGGAUGUACUGAACACUGUGUAUGUCUGUUUGUGUGAGUGAUUUGUGUUAGUGUGUGUGCGCUUGUAUAAAUGUACAAAAUAAAUGCCCUAUAGAGGAAAGCCACCUUACCAGCAGGUGGUUAUGCAUGCAGGAGUUGUAUUUUAACUUGUUCCAAGCCUCGACUGCAUUAACCUAUACUGCCAGCUUUUCUGAAUACUUAACUUUAAGGUUGCCAUAUAUGAAAAUUGGUUUUGAAUUUUACGGAUUGUAACUCCAGCAUCCAAAGGCAAAAUCACCAAAAUUAUAUUAACCACAAAUUUGCCUUUCAGUUUCUAGUUGUAUGUUUUCAUUUUAAAAACAAAAACCAGUAAACAUGCUCAAAGGUUAAAGGAGUGACGUCAUUACUAAGCAUCAGUUGAUUUGGCCACAUAAGUUAGUACGUUGCAUAGUGUUUAAUUAGUUGACAAUAAAAAGCAUGUGAUCAUAACAUCACUAUACCCCCCCCCCCUUUUUUUUUUUUUUUUACACACAUUCCAUCAUCUGUUCCACCACUAUUUAUCUCACAUGUACUGGCCCUAAAGCAGGUCAUAGUCCACUCAUUUUACAUGCCUGUUUUUCUACCACUGUCAAUUAGCCACCCUGGAUACUGGGAAAAAAAAGAUAUGGCUUGCAAUUUUUUGUCAAGAAAAUUUGUGUAUGUACAAUCAUUAAAACCAUGAUUUCAAAUAUACAUAUAUUGGCAAAAAGCUAUAUAUCGAAGGAUGCAUUUCCUGUACAUUUAUUGUAAGGAGAAUUGUUUACCUGAAAAAAAAAGGAAUAUGGGAGUUAAAUGUACUUUCCUUUUAUUCAUAACUCUGAACUCGUAGUCAGUUUAAUUUGUGUUUAAUCUGUUUCAGUCUAGUGCAGCGUGUAGCAAAUACAUGUAAACUCAUGAACAUUGUGUGCCUAAGAUUGUCAGGUUACAUACAGCUGUUAUCCAAACAUUUUAAUACACUUACUGUCAUGUUAAUGGUUUCAGUCUUCAAGUAAUUCUAGCAGAUUUUGUCCAGAGAUUACAAAGAUGUUACAUGACAUCUUUUGUAAUGUAUAAAUGUUGACCUAAAGUAUUUGUUUUAAAAUAAUGAGUUUUGGCUGUGUUAUCUUUCAGCAUGAUGUACUGUAUUUUUUUUUCCAAACUAAUAGAGAUACAGGGUGUAAAAGUCAUGCCCUGUUGGAAAACAUGUUGGAGUCGUGCAUGAAUAAAGUGAUGAAAUGUA